AGACCAUUGAUACCACAUUCCCAGUAGAAGCCGGAUUUGCAGGACUUGUUCCAGCCAUAGACCGGAUCUGUGCCGAGUGUUCUGAAGCAGCAGACCAGGGCUACACUCUGUUGGUCUUGUCUGACAGAGCUGCCGGUCCAGAAAGAGUGCCAGUCAGCUCUCUGCUAUCCUUGGGAGCAACCCACCACCACCUGAUCAAGACCAGACAACGUCUUCACGUCGGUCUCAUCGUCGAGACCGGGGAGGCCCGUGAGAUGCACCACCUGUGUCUUCUACUGGGAUACGGUGCCGAUGCCAUCUGUCCAUACCUCCUGUAUGAGUGUCUGAUCAGCCUCCACGAGCAGAGUCUACUAGGAGUGGACUUCGGGAUCAAGGAGAUUCAGAAGCGGGUCAUUGCAGCAACGGAGAAGGGCAUCUCUAAGGUGAUGGCCAAGAUGGGUAUCUCCCUUCUACAGAGCUACAAGGGAGCUCAAAUCUUUGAAGCAGUGGGUCUCUCCCAGGAGGUGAUUGACAAGUGUUUUGUUGGGACAGCAUCUAGGCUUGGAGGGGCUACCUUUGAGAUCCUAGCAGAAGAGGCCUUUGAAAGGCACAGAGUGGCAUAUGCUGAACUACAAGGAGAUAUAUCUACGAAUCUCGAGGGUGGAUCGUACCACUGGCGUGAUGGGGGUGAGAAGCACGUCAAUGAUCCAGUCAGCAUUGCCAAUUUGCAGGAUGCAGCACGGAACAAGAAUCAGAAUGCCUACACCAAGUUUGUUGAGUCACAGAAAGAAUCAGUUCGUAUGUGUACCUUGAGAGGUCAAUUGGAGAUGGUGCCGAGCGAUGAGCCUCUGGACCUAUCACUGGUUGAGGAAGCUGCAUCUAUCGUCAAGAGGUUCAACACUGGUGCCAUGAGCUUUGGUAGUCUUUCCAUAGAGGCACAUAGCACACUGGCUAAGGCAAUGAACAGAAUUGGUGCUAAGAGUAACACAGGAGAAGGUGGAGAGACAGAAGAUCGUUACCUGCACACCGAUGACCCUAUGGACAACACCCGGUCAGCCAUCAAGCAGGUAGCUUCGGGAAGGUUCGGUGUGACCAGCUCCUACCUGGCCCAUUCUGAUGACUUACAGAUUAAGAUGGCCCAAGGAGCCAAGCCAGGGGAAGGUGGGGAACUUCCAGGAUAUAAGGUCACUGAGGACAUUGCCUCGACCCGUUAUUCCAUCCCUGGGGUGGGGCUGGUGUCCCCUCCCCCUCACCACGAUAUCUACUCCAUCGAGGACCUUGCAGAACUCAUCUACAACCUCAAGUGCUCCAACCCAGAGGCUAGGAUCAGUGUCAAGUUGGUGUCGGAGGUUGGCGUAGGGGUCGUUGCUGCUGGGGUAGCCAAGGGUAAGGCUGAACACAUCACCAUCUCUGGUCACGACGGAGGAACGGGAGCUAGCACAUGGACAGGAAUCAAACAUGCUGGGUUACCAUGGGAACUCGGUAUAGCAGAGACUCAUCAGACGUUGGUUCUAAACAAUCUGAGGUCAAGGGUUGUCUUGCAGACCGACGGCCAGCUGAGGACAGGUAAUGAUGUGGUGAUAGCAGCUCUCCUUGGGGCGGAUGAAUUUGCUUUCUCCACCACACCUCUGAUUGUCAUGGGAUGCACCAUGAUGAGGAAAUGCCAUCUGAACACCUGUCCUGUGGGUGUGGCUACUCAGGAUCCUGAGUUGAGGAAGAAGUUUGAUGGUCACCCAGAGCAUGUAGUAAAUUAUUUCUUCAUGCUUGCUGAGGAGAUCCGUUCACACAUGGCAAAGAUGGGAUUCAGAACCUUCCAGGAGAUGAUUGGCCGAUGUGACAUGCUUCGACCCGUCCAGGAGAAGACCAAUGGGAAGAGCAAACUGCUCAACUUUGACCAAGUCUUGACCAAGGCCUCUGACCUUCGACCCGAUGCUAACCCCAUCGGAGGUACCACCAAGCAAGAAUUUGCCCUGGAUAAGAGAUUGGACAAUCUUCUGAUAGAAAGGGCAGGAGAUGUUCUUAAUGGAGCCAGCAAGCAUGUUGAGAUUAAUAUGGACAUUACCAAUGAGUGCAGGGCCUUUGGAACAACCCUUAGCUUUCACAUCUCAAGGAAGUAUCGCGAGAGUGGCCUUCCUAACAAGUCUAUUGAGAUCAAGUUGAAAGGAUCAGCUGGUCAGAGCUUCUGUGCUUUCCUGGCUAAGGGUGUUCAUGUGGAACUAGAAGGUGACAGCAAUGACUAUGUAGGAAAGGGUCUUUCCGGUGGGACUGUGAUCGUCUACCCACCCCGUGAUGUCCCCGAGGGCUUUGUGUCUGAACUGAACAUCAUUGUAGGCAAUGUGUGCUUGUAUGGUGCUACAAGUGGCAAGGCAUUCUUCAGGGGAUGGACUGCUGAACGCUUCUGUGUCAGGAACUCUGGAGCUCUUGCCAUAUGUGAGGGUGUAGGAGACCAUGGCUGUGAGUACAUGACUGGAGGUAGGGCCAUCAUCCUAGGGGCUACUGGAAGGAACUUUGCUGCUGGAAUGUCUGGUGGUAUUGCCUAUGUAUACAAUGUUUGGAAUGAUUUCUAUCCAAAGUGCAAUACAGAGUCGGUUGUUCUUGAGCCUCUCGUCAAAGACAUUGACAUUACCUUCCUCAAAGAGAGUCUUGCUGAGUUCAUCUCGUACACUGGGUCAAAGGUCGCAACCAUGAUACUAGACAAUUGGGAAACGGAAAGCAAACGAUUUGUAAAGGUCUUCCCCAAUGAAUACCGUAGAGCUCUCCGAGAGAAGAAAGCCAAGGCACUUGCAGAGGAGAAAGCCAGGAAGGAGGCGGAGCUUCUGCAGAAUGGCCUAGCAAAUGGCACCAAUGGCCACUCCUCCAAUGGUGAACUGACCAAUGGUGUGAAUGGAUCGGGAGAUGGAAGGCAUGUGAAGGAGGAGCCCAAGGUGAUAGAUAUCGAGUCAACGAUCCCAGACGUUGAACAGGAGAAGAAGACCAUUCAGAGGGUCUUAGACAAGACCAGAGGCUUUGUCAAGUAUGGAAGAAACAACGACCAGUACCGUAGUGUGGAGGUUCGUAUGAAGGACUGGGGUGAGAUCUACAACCACCGAGGAGUCAAGAAACAACUCAAAGUACAGGCAGCAAGGUGCAUGGACUGCGGGACGCCGUUCUGUCAGGCGCACACUGGAUGUCCGCUAGGUAACAUCAUCCCCUCCUGGAACGAUCUCGUCUUUAAGGAUCAAUGGAAGGACGCCCUCGAGAGGCUCCUAGUGACCAACAACUUCCCAGAGUUCACGGGUAGAUGCUGUCCUGCUCCCUGCGAGGGAGCCUGUGUGCUAGGCAUCAAUGCUCCACCUGUCACCAUCAAGAACAUAGAGUGCGCCAUCAUUGACCACGCCUUCGAGCAGGGAUGGAUCCGCCCCGAGCCCCCUCUCCAUCGGACAGGCAAGAAAGUAGCUGUCAUUGGUAGUGGACCGUCCGGUCUGGCCGGAGCCGCUCAGCUCAACAAGGCCGGUCAUCAAGUGACCGUCUACGAGAGGAAUGACCGAUGCGGUGGCCUACUGAUGUAUGGAAUUCCAACGAUGAAGAUGGACAAGAGUGCUGUUGAACGAAGAAUAAAGCUCAUGGAAGAUGAAGGAGUGACGUUUGUGACCAAUGCCGAGAUAGGAAAGAAUGUCAACGGCUGGGAUCUGAUGAAGGAGAAUGAUGCCGUCUUACUGUGCAUGGGGUCAACCAGGCCUAGAGAUCUGCCAAUACCAGGCCGUGACCUCAGUGGAAUCAAGUACGCUAUGCAGUUCCUUGAACCCUGGCAGAAAAGACAGAUGGGUAACCAGUCUGAUUACAUUGACGCAAAGGGCAAGGAUAUUGUUAUCAUUGGAGGAGGUGAUACCGGUGUGGAUUGUAUUGGCACUUCACUCAGGAUGGAUGCCAAGUCAAUCACCACCUUUGAGAUCUUGACGGAGCCCCCUCCAAGCCGAGCUUCUAACAACCCCUGGCCAACGUGGCCUCGUAUCCUCAGAGUAGAUUACGGUCACUCGGAGGUCAAACUAAAACACGGACAGGACCCAAGACACUUUGAGAUACUCAGUGAGGAGUUCCUUGAUGACGGCCAAGGUAACGUGUCAGGAAUCCGGACCAUCCAGAUCAAAUGGACCAAGGACGCAACUGGACGCUUUAGUAUGGAGAAGAUCCCUGGAACCGAGAAGAUCUUCAAGGCAGACCUGGUCCUGCUUGCCAUGGGCUUCCUUGGACCGGAACAGAGCCUGAUUGAGGAGCUAGGAGUGGACCAGGAUCCGAGAUCCAACAUCCAGACCCCGAACGGGAAGUACCACACCAGUCUCGACAAGGUCUACGCUGCUGGAGAUUGUCGCCGGGGCCAGUCCCUGGUCGUGCAUGCCAUCAACGAAGGUCGCCAGGCAGCUAGGCAGAUAGACCUGGACCUGAUGGGAUCUACCAGCCUAGCUGGACCUGGAGGGGUGGUCUACACACCCGGAACCAAGCUGUCCAACUGCAAGGAUAAGCUGUACCAGCCAAUCAUCGAGGCCAUGGCGUAAUCAACCACCAGAUGAUACCAUAUAGAGAGGUUUUAUGCGUCUCUGUCCAGUCGAACGCACAAGAGAAACCUUUUGUGGAAACCGAACAACCCAGUUUUGGACUCCAAGUGCUCCUAUCAUCACUAGGGCCCAGUAAAUAAUCACCAAUUUAAAACAGCAAUUCUGAUUGGUUCCUAGUCAGUCUACCGAGCAAAAUGUGCAUGCAACGGUAUUCUUGAUAGGCCAUUGAUUACUCGCUGACCUUCGUGUCAUGGGGCCGUGGGGAGCGUUUCAGGAAAGGACUGGAUGUUUAUCCAACAAAAGGUGUUUUGUCCGAGGGUUAACUUUGAAAUUGUCCUUCCCACCCAAUCAAAAUCAAGGAAACUUAUCAGUUCUGACAACUUGUGUUGAUGAACUGCUCUCCGUGAUUCUGUUAAGUGCUUGGAUAUUUCAUCCUCUCCUCUCAAGAUCUGUUCAUUGGCUGGGGGAGAGAAGGGAGGAAAGGAGGGAGAUAUUAUGCGAAGCCAUUCAAGCCUUUAUUUUAUACACUUUUUGAGGUGAAACGGUGACUCGUCGGUUUAGUCUUGUCAUUUGAAGCUGCCAGUCGCUGUUCAGAUUUUCCACAUAGACACUGAAGUAUUGAUUUAUGGGUCCCACUUACCAAUUGGACUAGGGGAGUGUACAUGUAUUUCAGACUGACUAAGGUUGAGUCCAAAAACCUGACUGAGCAGUUAGCUGUCAUUGCUUCAUGAUUUUGCUCAUCUAAGAAACCUUACAAACCUGUUCAUAUUAGAAGGAAGAGGCUGAUGACCUCCAAAUGUUUUAAGCCAUUCCUAGUCAAAUUAUGUACAUGCAUCUGUACUACAGUGUGUGCUCAUGAGAAGCAAUGACGGAAUAUCUCUGUCUUGGAAUGUAAGGUACAACUUACAAGUGGGGUUAACUCAGGGGGCUUUUCCUACUCUUAGACUUACAUUAGGUAAUGUACAUAGGCUUUCCAGCUCAUGUGCUAGAAACACAAGAUGUAUUUCAUGGAAUAAAAAAUACUCAUAAAAUACAUCAAUUUUAGUUUAUAUGAUUGACAAGAGGAGUUUGAAUUGUUUGUGCUGAUAUUUGGGCAAGCGAAUCCCUUGAAAUAUGUGUACUUACUCGGCGUGUCAGAAGUUUAAAAAAAAAUUCUGUAAUGAAUGAGGGAUCAAGUGUCUUCUUUAUCUCUUCUAUAUCUUUAAGUUACCAUAUGCAGGCAACUGUGUGCAAAAUCAUGUUCAUUUUUCUUAAAAAUCAUUGAUCCAUAUUAUCUAUCAUCUUAUCAUCAAUCUGUAAUAUCACCUUUCACAAGUAACAGUGUCUGCCCAUGAAUGUGUUAUCUUUGGGUGCUGAAGUAUUAUGCCAGUGCAAUCUCUGAUGUUUAAUUUUGAUACCUUUUGUCAUUAUGCUUUCCAAUUUUGUAAUGAAUCUUGACUAUUUUGUUUUUUUAUUAUCCCACCAGUAGUCAUAUUUCUCCUUUUUAUCCUGUGAUUUGAUAGAGUUCUGGGGUCCGUUGCAGAAAGAGUUGCGUU